AUGCUACAAUUAUGGUCUCAAGCCGUACAAUCUCCGACAAAGACUCUCUUUGAGAGCCGAUGGAGGGCCUUCAAAAGAGCGUACAGGCAGCCCAUGUACAAAGAUCUCCUGCAGUAUAUCGAGGAGGAAUGGCUUCAAGAAGACACCAGGAAGUUCUUCCUGGCCUAUUACACCAACACCUAUCCGCACUUUGGCCAGAUAUCGACCUCUCGGGUGGAGUCAGCUCAUCGUCGAUUAAAGAAAGAUCUGGAGUCAUCCCAGAGCGAGCCGAUCCGUGUGGUAACUCUCAUCAAUAGUAUCAUCGAGGCUCAGUAUACAAAGGCUCAACACCAACACGCUGAUAAUACUCUAAGGCCUCCGCCUCGAUAUAGGCAUCUCCUCUUCAAGGACAUUGUUACAAAGGUCUCUACCUACGCCAUGCAGAAGGUAAUCGAAACGAUGAAUUUCUAUCUACCGGAGCGCCUUGACAAACCAAUCAAGCGCUGUACAGGCAGCUACAAGCGAAGCCUUGGACUCCCCUGUAUCCAUCAAAUUCAAGAAGCGCUUCAUGACAACCGGAGCCUUGGCCUUGAGGAGUUCCAUGACCAGUGGCUCCUAGUUCCGAGAUCUCGACUCCUUGCGCAUCCUCAACGCCCUUAUAUCUAUCCUCCGCCAAAGAAACAACAAAAAGGAAGGCCUCGGGGGGCUCUGAAUCAACCGAAGAAGUCCACCAAGCAAGAUCUAUCCGAGUUCGAACACACGAAUCAACUGGUUGAGAAUGGGGGGGAGGCCGGUGUUGAGGUUCUUCGUCGGAGCAAGCGUUUGCAGUCGAGCGCAGCGCAGCGGAAGGAGUAG